UUUUCACAAACUGGUUUGUUAUAAAUUUCUCUAGUAAAGAAACAUUUGUUGGAGGAUUUUUCAACAUAAUAUAAUAUAAAGGAUGUCAAACUUGGGAGAAUUUGACCCUGAUUUUUACCAAUCUAAUUAUACCAUUGACAAUCAGGAGCAGAGUUGUAAUGAUUCUGAUGCCUAUGGAAAUGUUUAUGGAGCCCGAAUACCACAAGCCAAUGAGCAGCCUCAGUUUGCCUUUGUCCCACCGGAGAUGCUCACGUCAUCGGGUUACACUGGACAGUUUUUUCAGCCAGCAUCCAACCCGGAUUAUUAUUCACAGUCUCCUUACACUGACAGUUUUGAUGAAGAGCCUCCUUUGCUAGAAGAACUUGGAAUUAAUUUUGAUCACAUAUGGCAGAAAACCUUGACAGUGUUAAACCCACUGAAGCCAGCAGAUGGCAGUAUUAUGAAUGCAACCGACCUAGCUGGGCCCAUCCUGUUCUGUGUGGCUCUGGGAGCCACCCUGCUUCUGGCAGGAAAAGUUCAAUUCGGCUACGUGUAUGGCCUGAGUGCCAUUGGCUGCCUAGGGAUUUAUGCCUUGCUGAACUUGAUGAGCUCUUCGCAGGUGUCCUAUGGCUGCGUGGCCAGUGUGCUGGGUUACUGCCUGCUCCCCAUGGUCAUCCUGUCCAGCUGCGCCGUCUUCUUUUCACUGCAGGGCACCACCGGCACCGUGUGCGCACUGGUCAUCAUUGGCUGGUGCAGUUUCUCAGCUUCGAAAAUCUUCAUUUCGGCCCUGGACAUGGAAGGACAACAGCUUCUCAUUGCCUACCCCUGUGCCUUACUUUAUGGACUGUUCGCCCUCCUGACUGUUUUCUGAAGAGGAUUUGAGAUGGCAUUACAAGAUUCUAUUUUUUUUGCUGUUCAGAUUAUUCUGGAAAUGCAUUAGCUUUUAAAUCUGGUAAUAUAUUGUAUUGCUAUUGAGAGAAUAAUAAGCAGAAAAACAAAAUAGCACUUAUAGAUGACGUUCUAAUGUUUGGUUGGAAUGAUGUUUUGCUUUUCAGUUAGGUGCAAUAAAACAUGGAAACAUACUUUGAAAUAAAAGGGAUAAGGCUGUUGUACUGAUGGACCCUGCUUUUCUCAAUAGGUGCAUUUUUGAGAAAUUGUAAGUAAAUAAAAUCACAUGCUGACUGAAUAGUUAGCCUUGUGAGAAAACUUCCUGCAGCUCAGGUUGUGUACAUA